AGGAAAUCACGCAGCUGUGUGAAAGCGUUCCUCAUCGUGUUUUCCUGCUGAUCCGCAGCCGUGUACAGUCCGCUUUCAGGGUUUCCUUCGACUGCAGUUCAGCGGAAAGCUCCUGAAGGAGACGUCCUUCUACACCGCAAAAUCGAUGAAAGCGUGGAAGAGUAUGGAGGCUUACAACUUUUUUUGUAUGUGGCUGGGUAAAGGACCUCGCUAUCAAGUCGCUGCUGAAUGAAUCCUGUAUUGUUUUUGCCCGUGUAAAUCAUUCAUCAGAAACCCCUUUAAAGACCUGGAUCUUAGUUAAACAAGACGGAGAAGUGAUCACGGCGCAUUGUAACUGUACAGCUGGGGCUGCUUCUUCCUCUGAACUGAAAACUCUGAACCUUUUUCUCUUGUUGUCCUGGAUGCUGUGCUCUGCUGCUCUGUUCUGAGACUAAAAUGACCCAUGUGGUGACCUGUGAAAUGUAAAUGGCUUCCAAAGUGCGCGAUGCUGUGGUGUGGUACCAGAAGAAGAUCGGUGCGUAUGACCAGCAGAUUUGGGAGAAGUCUGUGGAACAAAGAGAAAUCAAGGGCCUGAGGAACAAACCGAAGAAGACGGGCCAUCUGAAGCCAGACUUGAUUGAUGUGGAUCUGGUGAGAGGAUCUGCGUUUGCCAAAGCCAAGCCAGAAAGCCCAUGGACAUCUUUAGCACGGAAGGGAAUAGUUCGGGUCGUCCUCUUCCCAUUUUUCUUCAGAUGGUGGAUCCAGGUGACAUCCAGAGCCAUCUUCCUGUUGCUGCUCUCCCUUUACCUGCUCCAAGUGCUUGCGACAGUGUUAUUUUUCAGCAUUUCACAUCCCCAUGACAUCCCAGCAACUGAGGUGUUUGGGGCUUUCUGGCUUAUGCUGCUUCUGGGCACUGUACACUGCCAGAUCGUAUCCACACGCACACCAAAACCUGCUCCCAACGCCACCACCAAGAGGAGAAGGAAGUUAAGGAAGGCAGCACACUUGGAGGUGCAUAGGGAAGGCGAUGGCUCUAGCACUACUGAUAACACACAGGAGGGGGCACCGCUCUCCCCGGGCUCUGCCACCACUCACAGUCUCGCUGCUUUCUUCAGAGAUUUCUGGCAUAAUAUCUGUAAAUCGGGGUCUAAGAAAUUCAAACUAUCCAUUGAUAAGUCCACAGAGACGGAUAAUGGGUAUGUGUCACUGGAUGGCCGUGUCACAAGCAAGAGCAGUGAAGAAAGGCUGCAGGUCCAUGAGCCUCACUGCGACCUACUGCGCUCUGAGGAUCUGGGCUGGAGCGGCACACAAGCCCGAAACAGGCUACUGUCACCCAGCACGAAGUGUAUGCAGGAGUGCCACUUGCACAACGUGGAGAACAUGUCUGAUGAGGCAUCAAGUGAAGAAGACCCUGAAAAUUACAGCACACUCCGCAGGGGCGUGGAGCGCAUGAACAGUGACUGCACACUGCGCAACAGAAAGACCCACCACUACAAAAAACACUAUACAGCAGCUGAGGAGAUGCCCAAGUCAGGCACGAGCUGUAGCUCACGCUGUUCCAGCCUGCGCACUCAGGACUCAGAGAGCACUCGGCACGAGUCGGAGACAGAGGAUUUGUUGUGGGAGGACUUCCUUCACUGUGCAGAGUGCCGUUCCUCCUGCACCAGUGAGACUGAGGGGGAGGGGUCUGCUGUUUGCCCCGCCUCCAAAAAAGAAUACCGAGAUGACCCCUUCCUGCAGGGCCAUGCUCCAUGGUUGCACAGCUCGAACCCAGGGCUGGAGCGUGUGAGUGCCAUUGUAUGGGAAGGAAAUGAGUGUAAAAAGGCAGAUAUGUCUGUGCUGGAAAUCAGCGGCAUGAUCAUGAACAGGGUAAAUUUAUACACUCCUGGCAUCGGCUACCAGAUUUUUGGAAACUUUGUGGCUGUGACUCUGGGACUCACACCCUUUGCAUACAGACUUUUCCAAAACAAAGACCUCGAGCAGCUGUCCUCCCUCUUGGCCAGUGAGAUGAUCUCCAUUGCCUUUGGGUCUUCAUCUGAUAUCAUGGUAAUUGUGAUGGUGUCCGUCAGCUUUGUAGUGCGCGUGUGCCUCAUCUGGCUCUUCUUCUUUCUGCUGAGCGUGGCUGAAAGGACGUACAAGCAGAGACUGCUCUUUGCAAAGCUGUUUGGUCACCUCACCUCAGCACGCAGAGCCAGGAAGUCUGAGGUGCCUCAUUUUCGCCUGAAAAAAGUGCAGAACAUUAAGAUGUGGCUUUCCUUGCGCUCCUACUUAAAGAGACGUGGUCCCCAGCGUUCAGUGGAUGUCAUCGUCUCAUCUGCCUUCCUCCUCACUCUCUCAGUGGUCUUCAUCUGCUGUGCUCAGUUGCUGCAUGUUCACGAAACAUUUCUGGAGUUCCACUAUAACUGGGAGCUGGUGAUCUGGUCCUUUUCUCUCUCGCUCUUCCUACUGCGCUUUGUCACACUGGGCUCUGAGACCAGCAAGAAGUACAGCAACACCUCUAUCUUACUGACUGAGCAGAUUAAUCUGUACUUGAAAAUGGAGAAGAAACCAAACAAGAAAGAAGAGCUGACACUCGUCAACAAUGUUCUUAAGCUGGCAACCAAACUGCUGAAGGAAUUGGACACUCCUUUCAGGCUCUAUGGUCUCACCAUGAACCCUCUGUUGUACAGCAUCACUCAGGUGGUGAUCCUGUCUGCAGUCUCAGGGGUCAUCAGUGACCUGCUUGGCUUCAACGUGAAACUGUGGAAGAUCAAGUCAUGACACGGUGCUGACUGAACCCCAGACACAGAGAGACACCUGGAUGGAGCUGCUUCCUCUUAAUAGGGGACAAUGAGGAACUUGUAGUUCUUUUUCCAUCGGAUAUUUCAGAGUUCUGGUACUUCAGUUGGGUCAGGACAUUUUAAUUUUAUUUUUAUUUUCUGAGUCCUCAGACAUUUAGCUGCUAUUGGAAUGUCAAUGUUACAGUAUCAAUGCUUCCUUAGGACUAUACUGUGUGUGUGUGUGAGAGAGAGAGAGUGCGUGUGUGUAUUCUGGAUAUGUAUUUGCAAGCAUGUGUGACACAAAAUAAUUUAUAGUAAGGGGUAUGAUGAGUGUAUGAUGAGCGUGCCACGGAUCCGGAGCUGUUUGUGAUUUGCUCAGCAGGUCAGUGGCAGCAGCAGCAGCUCAGCAUUGCGCUAGGUCUGGAGUGUAAUCUGAGAGCAGGAUAUUUGAAGCGCUGAAGUCACGGACACACGGCGAAGCUGAGUGGAACCUGUGUGUGAGCUGGAGCUUGUUUUAGUUCUCAGUCAGUAAGCGUGUUCAGCUGCAUGCUGUUUUUAUGAUGUGUUCUUUUGAUGUGUGAAGAAAGAUUCGCCUUUUUCAGAUCAGUUCUUUGUACUUGAGCAGUUUACGCAGCUUUGUUUGACCUUUAAUCAUUUUUUGUUUUUAACGUGGUGCACUGUCUCCAAUUUCAGCACCAUCUUUGUGAGCCUUAGAGCUGGGACUAGGCCUUAGAGGAUGGGUUGCACUGCCUAAGAAAAUCUACGUGAUGUGUUCAGUGUAAAUGUUAGUCAUCGAGUUCCAUGAAGUGACUCACAUCACAUUUCAGCAGUUUGUGAACGUCACUAAAUUACUCAAUCAAGUCCUGUUCAUUACUCCACGUUUAAAAGACGGUGUAUGGAAGGACGUGCGUGCAUGCACGCACACCUAGUCUAAGUUAGAAUUGCCUCAGAAUUUGCACUUUAAAGUAAUUGUUACUCAUGUCAGAGAGGUGAAGCCUUGAAGACUCUUUAUUUCUGUUUUUAUAUUUCUGCAUUGGAAAGUCAGUUCAGACAACCAAAGUGCUUUUAUUCUGUCUGCUGGAGAUAAAAAUCUGUGCUCCUUCUUUAAACCUGAUUUUAUCAGAGAAUUGUUUCAGAAGGCCAGUGGACGCCAGUUCCUUCAUCCCUUUUUCCUGUGUUAUGCUGUUCCUGUUAGGUAGUUUGGAUUUGUCGUUAUUAACGGUGCACAGAGGAAACGCGUGGUCUUUACAGUGAACACUAUGAAGGAGAAUUAAUCAAACGGGGGGUAAAAAUACAGAAAACAUUGCAUGUAGUUUCCAGAGUUUUUGUCUUCACAAUGUUUUUUUGCAAGAUGGUCAGUUUGUAUGUUUUUAUAUGAAAAUAUUUAUAAAAAAGUGUGUAUAAGUUAGUCUGACAGUAUUUAGGUACAGAUAGAGAAUAUGUGGUGUUUGGACUGCUUUUAUCACAUUAAAACUCUGGUUGAAUGCACA